AUGCCGCCAUCUACGGCCGCGGCAUCGCCCAUCAAGGCAUUGAACAAAAGUCAGCCCGACUCUUCAACCAUGGACAAACAUGAGACCAAGGACGAAUGUGCUGCGACCAACUCAAAAUCGCAAUUCACCUUGUCAAAGAACACACUCGACGACAACGUGAUGGAGGGAUCGACUACAGAAUGUGCUGAUACUACAGUCGAGACUGCCGUUUCACCACGCAAGACAACCGAACCCCAGCGCACGACUACCAAACUACUGCCAAUGGCCACUCAGAUACCACAACAAGCUGUCUCUCUACUCGACAUGCCGCUUGAGAUUCUAAUCAUGAUCUUCGAUUACGCAGCUUGCAGAAAUCAUCUCUACGAUGAGGACUAUCUGAUUCGGUUCAGGUACAGGGGUAGCUCAGGCCAUACUCUGGUCAUCUCACAACCUUCACUGUUGAUGACUUGCAAAUCUCUCCGAUCUGCACUCUCAGACCGCUUUUACUCGAGCUGUUCUUUCCACGCAAAGUUCGGAACGGCAUCACUGCUAGAGAGGGCCGACAAAGGAUUGACGGUACAAGGACUCGACGAUAUGCUUCCAUCUCCUUUGAAGCUCAAUACUAUCAGACUGACCCUCGAAAUCUCAGACAUCUCAGUUGUUGUCGAAUUAGGCAAGAAACUGUUCAUCGACUAUCAGGCCAUGGAGCUCAAUCCAGAAGUUGGAACCAAGCUCAUGAAUCUGCACUGGCAGCUUGUGUGUGGUAACAGUUUUUCCAUGGAGUGCGAUGAUGAAUUGAGCGAGGACAUGGACCUUCUACUAGACGACAUACACGCAGCAGCCGCCCUGUCAGGUCUCGGAUCAGACAGCUUGGAGGAGUUUGGUUCUUGGCUGAGGACAUGGCUGGAGGAGGACAACGACUAUUCAAGUCCUACAUAUCAUGUCAGGAUGGUGCUCAGACAACUUUCGAGACCCAGACGCUGCACCAGCCGAAGAGUAUGA